AACCAAAUCAUUUUCUUGAUUGUGUGGUACCAUCACUUCAUUGCUGAUAUAGUAUUCUUCACAUAUAGUUAGUUGGCUAAUACAAUUAUGGGUUCAAGAAACUUAAGGGAGUUGAUUUAUGUGUUGUUAUUAGUUGGAUUUGUGGUUAUGUCUAUAUCUGGUUUGGUGAUUUGUAAGGAAAAUAAUGAAGAAAUUGAGCAGCAGCAAAGUAAAGAGAAUUCAGAGUCUUGGACAGGAUGGGCUAAAGAUAAGAUUUCUGAAGGUCUUGGUUUUAAAUCUACUGAUGAUGAUUCUGUUGCUAAACAAGCUUCUGAAUCAACUAUGGAUGCUGCUAAGAAUGCCAAAGACAAGAUUACUGAUACUGCUACAGGAACAGGACAAUACGUAGCAGACAAGGCAGGAGAUUUAAAGAACACAGCAGAAGAAGCAAAAAACAAAGCAUACGAAACAGCAAAACAAAAAGCAACAGAAAAAUCAAGCGAAGCUUAUUCAAAAGCAGGAGAAGAAAAAGAAAAAGCAUAUUCAGAUGCAGAAACAGCAAAACACAAAGCAUCAGAAAAGGCAGAAGAAGCAAAAGAAAAAGCAACAGAAAAAGCAGAAGAAGCAAAAGAGCAAAUGAAAGAAAUGGGAGAGAAAGCAGAAAGAGAAACAGAAGAACAUAUGAGUUGGGCCAAAGAGAAAGCUAAAGAAGCAAAGGAAAAAGCAGGUGAAACAUUGGAAAAAGCAAAGGAAAAUAUAGCUUCAAAUUUGGAAUCAGCAAAGGAAAAAACAAAGGAAAUUAAGGAUAAUAUAGCUGGUAAAAAACGAGAUGAGGAACUCUAAAUUAGAAUUUUGGAAUAUUACGGGUUAAUAUAUUAUAUCAUGAUGAUGUAAUAAUUCAGUGCUGAUGGCAGGUGUCGUAAGUUUGAAUUUUGUUUUUUGUUGGUAUUUUUCCAGGUGGCUUUUCUAGGUGUCGUGAAAUUGUUGUAUUUGUAGUAUUUUUAUGUUUCCGUUGUAUUAUUAGGGUUAAUUUGGCUACUUUUUGUUAAUAAUACUUUUUGGACAAUGCUCUGGUA